AUGAGCGACACCCAACUAAUGCAAGUCUGCUCAGUCGGCGGAAAUCCCGUCUCCGCCUUUCUGUCCUGGAGGCUUCAGGCGACCAAUGCCUGCGACGUGACCCUCGUUUGGAAAUCCGGCUUUGAGCAUGUCGCCCAGUACGGCAUCUCGUUCAAAUCGCCCAUCUUUGGAAACGAGCGGUUCAAGCCUCGACACGUCGUUCGGAACCCCGAAGACGCAUCCAACAUCCGCGACGGUCCCUUCGACUACGUCGUCCUCUGCGUCAAGGCCCUCCCCGACGUCUACGAUCUUGCCGCCGUCAUCGACGCCGUCGUCACCCCCCAACACACGUGCAUCCUCAUAAACACGACGCACACGCUCGGCGUCGAGGCCGCCAUCGAGGAGCGCUACCCGACAAACGUCGUCCUCUCCCUCGUCUCCGGCGCCGAAUUGAUCCAGCUCGGCCAGAGCGAGUUUGAGCACAAGUCCUCGACCGAGAUUUGGGUUGGGCCCGCGAACAAGAGCAGCAACAUCCCGGUCUCGAUACAGGACAGCAUGGCCCAGGCGUUGGCCAUGACCCUCAGCACCGGUCAGGUCGAUUGCAAAGUCUCCCCCAACAUCCGCCAGCAGCAGUACGAGAGGGUCAUCGGACCCAUUUCCUUUCAUCCCGUCAGCGUUCUAUUCGAUACCCCCAACCACGCCGCCCUGUUGGACAAGGUCGGCGUCCGCGAGAUGGUGUCCGACGUCAUCGACGAGCUGUUGCGCCUCGCCGACGCCAGCGGCUGCAAGUUGUCGUCGGAUUUCAAGCAGCGCACAGUGGACGAAAUGACGAGACCGAACCUCCCGGAAAGCAUCAUGUGGCAGGACUAUGUCGCGAGACGGCCGAUGGAGGUCGAGACGUACCUCGGCUCCCCCAUCAAGCUGGCCCGCGACUUGAACGUCGCCGUGCCAAGGAUCGAGACCCUGUACGCCAUCCUCCACAACCUCAACAUCGUCAACAGGUCCAGGCCCAAGCCCGGAGAGGCCGUGCCCAUGAUGCCCCCGAGCUCCCCCACCGUCUCGACGUCGCUCCCGCGGAUGCCCUCGCUGCAAGGCCACCGCCCCAUGAUGCCCAACGGCAACGGCAUGCCCCGUCAGCCGCGGCCCAGAAACCUGUCCAACGUGAGCCAACCCGGCAGCAUGCGUCGCGGGCCCCCCUCGAUGGCCGGUGGCCCGCCCAACGGCUACCCGCGUCCCCCGCCCUCCUUGAACGGAGGGUCCAGAGACCCCUCGAGGCGGGGCUCCAUGGACGGCAACGACCUCGAAGAGUUCUCCCACCUCGUGCUCUACGACGACAUCCCCGAAGGCCAAGAGCCGACGAUUGGCGAUCCGGAGCUGGCCCUGCGGGAGCGAGAGCUCCAGCUUCGCCAGCGGGAGCUUGCCCUCAGGGAGCAGGAGAUGCGAAUGCGGCGCGGCCCGCCGCCGGGUCCCCGCCGCGGCCAUCACCUCGGCCCUCACCCCGGCUCCCUGCCCGUCUCUCACCCCGGCCCCCACCCGAUGCGCAACAGCCAGCAGGUCUUCGACGACGACGACGACGACGACGAUUUCGUGGACCCCUCCGUCGCCACCGGCGCCCCCACCAUCGACCCGGACAAUUUUGACAUGAUGAGCAUGACGUCUCGCAAGACUCGCAAGGCAAGCGGACCGUCGGCCGCCCAGUUCCGUCGAAAUCCCGAGGUCGACGGGCCUCUGCCGCCCUCCCGCGCCGGCAGGUACCGCCCGAGCUUUGGUCGCAACCGCGGGAGCCAUGUCAACCACGCGCCGGCCGUGACGGACAACAUCCUCGAGGACCCCAUGAUGGGCUUCACUUCGAACCGUUACGGCGCCGUCGACCGAGGAACCAUGGGCGCCAGCUCCCGAGCAAACUCUCUGACGGCUUCGAGGCUGGACGAGCUGCAGCACGGGUCGGCCAACGGCGGCUCCUCCGGAAGCAUGAACGGUGCCUACCCGCGUCGCGCCAGCCAGUCCCCCGGGAACCCGUAUUCCCCCUCGGUGCGCGGCGGCAGCGGCCGCCCCUCGCCUCCCAACGGCUUCGCCUCGUCGCCCAUGAACAGGCGCCCCUCGCCCUCCGACGGGGUUCGGCAACCCGUUCCGCGAUACCCGCCGGGACAGGGAAACGCUGUCGCUCCCCAGCAGGUCGAGCAGCAGAUAGGGGUGAGCGCCCUUGAUCCACCCAAGAAGCCCAGAAAUGUCCGUAGUCUGACGGGUAGUGCGAGUGCUAGCGCGGGCAGUGAUGAGGUCGACUCGGGGCAAUCGGCGCACAGCAGCCAGAGCAGCCUCGGGCAGGGGCCGAUCGCGACGGCGCGCUAG